AUGUCCGCGAUUUUCGAUUUUUCUUCGCUCGUGACGGUAUUGCUAUUGCUUAUUUGCACAUGCACAUAUCUUCGAGAAUUGCGGCCAGGUAUUUUUGAUGCCGCACGGGAGGGCUUUUGGGGAUUUUUGUGGAAGCUAUCUCGCGUAGGCGAGCGAUUGAGCCCGUAUGUUGGAGCCGGGUGUGCACUCAUGGCCGUUCACAUUCUAUUUUUCAAGUAG